AUGAAGCUGAGUAAGGGGAACAGCACAGAAGUGUCACGCGCACGGUUUGAGGCUGUGCGUGUUCUGUCGGAUAAACUACCGGGGCCGGACGGCGCUGGCUCUGCGGCAGGCAAGCCCGAUUUGGCGCCCAUCCGCUCUUAUGAUCCCUCUCUGCCUGCGCGUUCCGCCGACUUUGCGAGGUUUAAACUGUUCCGCAAUCACUAUUGCUAUGCCAAGGCGUACGUUGGUAUUACCGGGCCCGGACUGCGUGACAAAAGCACGAGCGCAUCGGUGGCUCGUGACUUCCCGCCACGCCCGAUGCGGGCGGCACCCGGAGGGUAUUUCCUAAUACCUGCUCCUUACUCAUUACAGCGGACCAAGAUGCUUGGGCCCGCUGCGGCCCGCCCCGCAUGUGACCCCCAUCCCGACGCUAUAAAGACUACUGGUGAGGGCGAACAAGACAUGCAAGAGAACAUUGGCAAACGACACUGGGAGAUGUACACAUACUAUUUCCCCCCUACAUUCAACUACGGCCCUGGACCGGUCCCCACCCGUGGAGGAUCAUCCGACAGCCAGCAGGAGUCACACCCGGCUCUCACUAGGCAGCCAUCAAGCCACCCCCAUCAGCACUCUCACCACCACCAGCCUCAGCCCUACGUCUUCGCCCCGGCUCCAGUGGUUCAUCACCCACAUGCGUUCGCACCUCCCCCGCCGUCCCCACACGGCUUUCCCUAUCCCUUCGGCGGACCUGUGCCCUUCCCUCCGGGGGUGACGGCUGUCCCCCUCCACCAGCUACUCGCCCAACUCCAGCGCGGGCAGGAGGCACAAGAGCCUCGCGAGACGAAGGAGGGUCUGUUUGUGCACGACAUGUCCUCUGACAGCGCACCCGAGCCUCGCACAGAGCUGCAUCGUACCUCUGCCAUUAGGCGCAAGACGGAAGACGAGCGCUUGGCGGAGAUCGAGGCUGAGCGCACUCGUUUGCUUGCGCGCAAGGCGGAGAGGGAGGAACGCGAGCGCCAGAAAGCCGAAGCGGAGCGUCAGCGUGCGGCUGAGGCUGCAGCGGCUAUGGAACAGGAGGAGGAGAGGCAGCGCGCUAGGAGGGUAGCGAUCGCCAACCUCCAGGCUAAGGAGAGGCAGCGGAGGAUGCAGGCUGAGGCCGAGGCCGCUGCAGAGAAUCAAGAAGAAGGCGAUGGCGAGAAGUACAAGGUCGAUUGGCCGACUCUCCUUGGCGAACUACUCGGUUUGUUCAUGGGCGAGGGAGAGGAGGCUCAGCUCCCUCUCCAGCCGAAGCCUGAGGAGGAGAACAAGGCGGUACCUGUUACACCUCAGCCAGCGGCUACUGUACCCAAGCCUGCUGCUGCUGCUGCUGCUCCCAAGCCAGCGCACCACAAGUCGUCUCACAAAGCGCACAAGGCAACUGCUUCCCAAGCAGCUGCUCCCAAGAAGGUGCCCGCGCCCCCACCCGUACCCAAGACUGCCUCCGUCCUGAAGGUCGUCCCAGCUCCCGCGCCCAAGGCGCCUGUGCCCGAGCCUCAGCCUGAGCCGGUGCCCGCUACACCUGCUACUGAGACGCAGCCCGAAAUCGUACUGCAUCACGUACAGUUGCUGCUAGCCGCGUUCGACCGUCUGACGCGCAGCUUCGCCUUCCCACGCGUGCUGAACUUCGUCGACACACCUACUGCAGCCUCUGCCUUGCAUCCCCACCUUGGCUUCGCGGCACCUAACGCACCAGUGCACACAUACGAGCAGGCGCUCAUCGCCCUUCUCGGCGAGCUGGACACGAUCCCCUCCUCUGACAAUGCAGAAGUGCGCAAGGCCAGAAGGGAGUUGGCGAGGAAGGUAGAGAAGGAGUUGACCUGGCUUGAGGAGGAGGUUCAGAGGGCCUACGAGAGGGAGAAGGCUGUUGCUACCCCGGAGCCGGAGGCACCGGAGCUCGCCGACAUUGAACAACCUGGAGGGGAAGAGCUGGCGAGCGACGAGCAGGUGGCGGAAACGAAAGCUGCGUUGGACGUAUUCCUGUCCCAGGAUCCUACCGUCGAAGAACAGCCCAAUAUCGCGGCUCUCGAGGCGGAGGCGAUGAUCGCAACCGCUGAGGCAGAAGACGAUGUCCCCACGAUCUCGAGCAUCGAGCCUGCUACGGCACCCGCCUCUGUUCCCGUUACGGCGCCUGCGGAUGUCCAAUCCCAAGAAGAGCAGGUGAUCAUCGACCAGCCACGGAAGGAGAAAGAAAAUAUCUCUCUGGAAGAGGAGAUACACAUGAACGCACCUUCGGACAACUACGAGUUCGUACAAGCCGGCACCGCCGCAGAGCUGGAGAAGACGGAGCCUAUGGAGCCUGAGAUCGAGGCUGCUGCUCCGAAGGAGCGUACUGUGGAGCUGCCUACCGGGGCGGAAACAGAGGCGAUGGCCGCUGCCGCAGAGGCGGUCGAUGUUCCACCAUUGCCCGGCACCGCUCCGGCUGGUCCGCCCGUCGUUCCCCCUGCUAUGGAGGCUCCUGACGUGCAGAUAAUGCAGGAGCAAGUCCUUAUCGACCUUCCAAAGAAGGAGCAGGAGAUUAGUGCGAUGGAGGAAGAGGUCCAAAUGUCUGCUCCUAAUGGCACUUAUGAGAUGGUCGAGCCCCAUUAGUCGUAUGUACUUGCAUGUACGUUAUGUGUUGAC